GAUGCCAGAAGAUGUGAGUUUUUGCAAACAAAUUAUGAUCAUGUAAUGAAACUAUAAUUUCCAAGACUCUAGGAUUUAUAAUUGCUGAAGUUUCGCUGCUGCUUUUUAUUAUUAUUGCAUAAUUUGAUUUUUUUCUAAACUUGUGAAAGUUUAGUUUAAUAUGAUGAAAUAUACAUGUUGUCAAGUUUAAAUCUCAAGCUUAGAGAAUCGGUGGAUUUUGAGAUUGUCAUUUUAGAUUCUGGAUUCUAAAAACUUUAUUUUUAAAUUUAAUUGUUAAACAAAAGUUUUAUAUAUUAUGGAAUUAUUAUCACGUAACAACCGAGAUGCACCUGCGCUCCUGGUUACACCGGCCUGCGAGACGGACAUCGUUGAAUGCGCCGGAUCUCAAGGGCGAACUACCCUGCAAGAACGGCGGCAAAUGUUUCAACGCGGUGAACAACUUCACAUGCGACUGCCAGAACCGGAUACACCGAUGGCAAUUGCACCGAGGACAUAGACGAAUGCGAAAAUUCGCAGACAGAUUGUGGACAUGGCAGGUCCAAAAUCUGCUGGCCUGGUAGUUACGAGUGCGUUUGCAAUUUUGGCUACUGCGGCUACAAUUGCGCCAUGUUGGAUCCUUGCCAGGAGAAUUAUUGUCAGAACGGUGGAACCUGCAGGUGUGCCAAAGGUGGCGGAUACGAAUAUGAAUGUACUUCUGAAUACACGGGACUAAAUUGUACUGAGCGGGAGCGCUUAUUUAGUAGCAAGGCCAUCGACAUAGCAGUGAUCGUAGGUCCAAUUGUGGGCUGUUUUUUUCUCAUCAUCAUCAGCUGUCUCACAGCGCUCUUCAUGAUGGCAAGAAAGAAACGCGCUACACGCGGCACGUAUAGUCCGAGUGCUCAGGAAUUCAGUAAUCCUCGAGUGGAAAUGGAUAAUGUGAUGAAACCUCUUACGGAGGAAAGAUUGAUCUAAUCGAUGAUUGAUUGUUUGAUGAAGAGCCAAGUCAACGACGAUGAAACGAUUAUUUAUUUUGCGUCUUCUAGUCUUCGCUGUUUUGCCAUUACGAAAAAAUAGAUGAGUUAGAAGGAAUUUAUUUUAAACGAAUUGAAUUUCCAUCUCUUCGAAGAUUGAUGUGAUCGAAAAUUUUGGUAAAGUUCUUUUAAUUCGUCAUUUGUUUGCAAGAUAAUUGUAUAAGAAAAAUUUUAAGAUUAGCGCUGAAUUGAAUAAUAUAACUUUUUUCGCAACUGUACAUUUCUCGAUGACAUGACAUUUGUCGAGGAAUGACAAUUAAGAUUUGAUAACGGACGCUAGGCGUCAUGUUUGAACGAAAUAAAGUCAACAUGUUGUUUCGAGAGUCCCGAAUGAAGUACACAGUGUCUUAGAAAAAUAUACGUUGGAGAAAGAUAUAUGGUAACUGACAUUUCGCAAGAAUGAAAAAUUUAAUAUUUUGAAUUGAGAAUUCGAGGGACCAAUGAUGAUAUUCUUAGAAUUCGAGAAUUUAGGAAGGCAUCUUUAGGGAAGAUGAAUUUUGAAAGCUGAAAGAUUCAAGACUUUAAAUAUCAAAAAUUUUGAAAUCAACAGAUUCGGGGAGAAACUAUUCGAGGAUUCAAUGAUAUUUGAAUAAAACUCUCAUAGAGUAAUAAUGAGGAGGAGGACGAUCUACAUUUCUCUCUGGGACGGAUAGCAUAUAUAUAUAAUUAACUCGCGUAUAAAGUAAAUCAUAGAUUGUAACAAAGUGUACUUAAAGUUCUCAGAAGUGUCUUUAAGACGUGAAGCAAUACUCGAAGGAGGCAAUUCCGAACAAACAAACUCGUUCAUUUUAGUGCUUAAUCUCUCUUUCUCUCUCUCUUUCUCUGUUAUUUCUUUCUUUUUCCUUUCUUUCAGACCAUUGUUCUCUUUUUUUUUUGUUUUAUUUACUUAAAAAGAUAUUAUUUAUAAGGCGCGAUGCAUGUAAUAUCGAAGAUAGACGGCAUUUUAGAAAGGCGUGCGUAAACAAAUACAAGAUCUCCGAUAAUAAUGCACAAUGUUUUGACACUUUCAAAUGAUGGGCGAAUUAUAGAACACUCGUGAGAAAUUGUCUUGCAGAUUCAAACUCUUAAGUUUUAAAAUUUCAAGAAAUUUACUAUAAAACUGCAAUAUUUUAUCUUAUAUUUUUUCAUU